CCAGGUGGCAGGCCCUGUUUUACAAGGCGCAGCUCUCGCCUCCACCCAAAGCGUAAAGUAAAGAGAGAGUCAUGAGCUGAGAGGACAAGACCUUGAAAGGAAUUCGCACAUACGUUUACCACGGAAUCUACUCAACUCUCGUGCCACAGUGGUUGUUUUUCCUUCCAUGGCAUUUUACCAGGACGAUAGCCAGGAAGACGCACAAGAGUGUCCAGUGUGUUAUGAGGGCCUGUCGGGUGCUGAGAGGACUCUGAGCUGCGGGCAUGUUUUCUGCCACGACUGUCUGGUCAAAACGUUGGUCAGCAUCAACAGUGAUGGAAAAAUCAGAGACACAAUUGCUUGUCCUAUAUGCCGACAUCUCACAUUCAUCAAGAAACAGAAGGAAGCGCUGCUGUCCCUCGCGCCGGACAAGGAUCCAGAUGAAGGGCAGACGUUGGAGGUACCUCUCCCUCUGCCGCUUGGACAGCUCCAGAGCGCACGGCGCGCCUCCGAGAACACUUUGCCCAGGGGGUUUACCUGGGUGGCACCCUGCCUCAGGUGGGUGUCUGAGCGAGUCCGUCGACAAAGGCUGAUCAGACCCAGCCAUAAAGCGUCUCAGAUCUUUAUCAUCAGCGCUCAAGGGCGACCCAUGGUUGAGGAAGAUGCGCACAGCGUUGUGAUGACUGUGGUUCAGCAGCAGCGCAGGAGAAGACGCAGGAUUUGCACAACUGCACGGUGCCUGUUUGUUUUAUUGUCAGCCUUUACUAUACUCGCACUUGUAGCAGCAACCUUACCCUGGAUUUUGUUGGCAUAGCCCAGUGAUAUGGAUGUUUGGAUUAUGAAGUGUUAAAAAUGGAAUGACUGACAUUUAUGGAAAACAUCUUGUGAUCCAAGGAAAAACUUCAUCAAGCACUUUUGCAAUAAAUAUUUGAAGCAGUUUUUUUGUCCUGACGUACAAAACAUGUUUGGUGGAGUUUAAAGAAUGGUAAAUGAAAAUGUACAUUUGGGCUCGCUUGUCUGGCAGGCUGUAUGAUUACAUUGGUAUUUCCUUAUCUGAUUUAAAGGUAAAGUCAGGAAGUGAAUAGACAUGCCUGUGACAUUUAUGUGCAUCACCAGGCAACA